AUGGCCACUACAAUAGCACCCGCAUCUAAUACUCUCAAAAAUUUUUUUGACAUUACAAAAACAAACCCUAGGGGAAUCCCACAAGCCCCCUUUGUCGAAAAAGUCGAAAAUUUUGUUAAAUCAUCCGAUGACGUUCAGCUCGUUCUCUCAAAGUUCGAGGACAUGAUUCAAAAAUAUAAACAUGUGCAAACAAGUACAACCCAACGCGUUGCAAAUCUGCAAGUCAAAAUCCCUGAUAUCGAAAAGACCCUUGAUAUGGUUCGUUUCCUCGAAUCGAAAAAGGAUUCAGAUAAGGUAAUCACCACAAAUUACGGUCUCAAUGACUCGCUCUACACAAAAGCUGAAAUCGCCCCAACAAACGUUGUUUACCUUUGGUUAGGUGCAAACGUUAUGCUUGAAUAUACAAUUGACGAAGCUGUUACUCUUCUUAACCAGCGCCUCAAUGUUGCCCAAAAAAGUCUCAAGUCAUGCGAAGAAGACCUUGAGUUUCUUCGAGAAAAUAUCACUACUGUGGAAGUCAACAUUGCACGCGUAUACAAUUGGGAAGUCCAAAAACGACGCGAGCAACGUGAAGAGGAGAGUUCAAGAUAA